ACGCCUCACCCAUCCCAAGUCCCAGUGUCCCACAGAGACCCCGGCUACAGGUCGAUUUCGCGCUUUCUGGAUUGGCCCAGCUUCAGCCCUCUCCGUCAACGGAAGCCAUUCAUGGCCAAAUAAAGUAGUCCUUCCGUCGAAAUGUGUGUGGGGCUGGCCAUCGUCCUGGCCCUGCCCAGCAGCCCUCGACUCUCGAGAUAUCUGGGCACGGGUUCACAGGCACGCCUACGCCUACACCUGCGUUUCUCCUCUCACUGCUAUAUCAGUCUUCCUGUGCCCUCGACCGUUUCCCUCGUUCCUUCGCUUCCCAUCUGAGUUGUGUUCUUCGAUACUCCCAACCCCUUCCACCCCUCCCGCAAGGCGAGCACUAUUCUUCAUCGUGCAGUAGCUUGUAGUUCGUUCCAACCCUAUCUUAAGCCCAACACCACUCUCUUUCCCUCAACUUUGUCCGGUCUUACUCGUGCAACGUCAUUCCUGGACCUGGGUACUACAAGUUAAAGGCGGUCUCUUUCGAUCAAAGGUUUCUGGACAUUCACUCAUCCUCACUGUCCUACAUCCUAGAGCCUAAGACCACCUAUUUCAUUCGCUUCUCCACCUACAACCAACAAGACUUGCGACAUUUCGUGUUCACCUCUAUCAAAUAUCCAACUAUGGGUCUUCUACCUCUCACCUACCGCCGGCCGGUAUACGUCAGCAACACCAGCUCAGCCCGCGAGAGCACUUCAGACGUAUCCGACAGUGGCGAUGAAAAGCAGAGCAACACCUCCUCAUCCUUGCGCUCCGGCAAUUCUGGAAAAUUGCAGGGCAUCCCGGAGUCGCUCACUUUUGACAAGAUUAUCAACGGUGGCACAUGUCCUCCUUGUACCGUGCGUGACUUCAUGAACUAUCUGAUCUAUAUUGAGCAUGCGGCGGAAAACCUUCAAUUCUUCCUCUGGCACCGGGACUUCCAGAAGCGUUUUGGUGAAGCAAAGACGUCUGACAUGUCUCUCGCUCCCGAGUGGACCGAAACCAUGGAGACCGAUCUGCUUCAACGCAUGAACAAGGAAAAGUCACAGAGGAUGCGCAAGAAGCCCGGCCAAGAGAUAUUCAAGGGGACCGAUUUCGAGAAGAAGGGUGCCACGAGCGGCAUCGUGCAAGACUCCAACAACCCUUUCCACACCCCUCCACGCACCCCAAACGACUACGAAGGCUCAGUCUAUACGGGGUCACAAGGCGUGUCGAAUGCCGAUUCGUACCGCUCUCAGGCCAGUGAUGCAUUCGCGGCCGUGGGUGCCAAGCAGCCUUUCACCAUCCAACCAUUCCGUGAAGAGAUUGACCGUGUUAUCGCCACGUACAUUAUGGAGGGUGCGCCGCGACAGCUCAACCUCUCGGCCAAGGAACGUGACGCCACUCUUCACGCCCUUGCGUACACUACCCAUCCUACGGCCUGCCGCUUGGCCAUCAAAGUAAUCGAGAACUCUCUCCGCCAGCAGGCUCACCCCAACUUCAUUCGUUGGUCCAUCUGCAACGGUAACCCCGCUCGCGUCUUCUUCGCCCGGGCUCUCGGCGUUGGUCUCAUUGCUAUCGCCUUCGUCGUCGCCAUCUUGAUCACUCUCAGCCGUGCAGGCCGCGGAUGGCGAGCACUGGCUGCCAUUGGAUGGGUUUUGGGCAUUUCCACCUUGGUCGCAGCCUACAAGGGUAUGUGUGUUGUCCUCCACGGUAUGCACCAUCGUCACGUUCGUCCUUGGGAGCUCUUCGUGGACGAGGAGAAUGACGACCGCAAGACUUCCUUCGACACGUUUGGAUCUAACAACAGCUACGAGUCGGAGCCUUGGGUCAUCAAGUAUGAGAAGCGCAACAUUGUCCGCAAGAUCUUUGACCGCGAGGUGUGGAUCGAGGAGCCUGCUCUACGCACCAUCCAGGACACCAUCUUCCUUCAGGCGAUGCUCUGUGCCGUUCUCGUUGGCGGUGUCUUCACCGCCAUCUUUGUUGCCAUCCCAAAGCAUGGGUACUUUUGAGUGUGUCUUUGUCCGAGACAGACAGCUGGGACAGCUUGUAUCGCAAAGCUUCUGUUUGUUGGUGGCCUUAAUAGGUGUAAUUGAGUAUGUGAAGGAUGCUUGGAAUGGACGACGAGAACCAAAAUACCACUUUGCUUGGGCGCGGCGUCUACGGUGGAUGAACCAUGUUUCUUUUCGUAUGGCUUCGUAUAUGUAACACGUAGUUGGGCUUGUAGUUCCAAACUUUCGUUUAUUUCAGAAGAUCUCUUCUGCGACAUCAUAUCCAUUGACU